AAAAGGUCAACCUUUGUAACGUGUCAACAGUCGGCUGUCACCCGAACACCGGUAUCACUCCGCUCCCCGUCCACUGUUUUUGUGUUCCUCACCCUCAUAACCGACUAAAGCGGAGCGGACCUGAAACGUUUAGUCUUGAAAAAUGGCGAAGAAGCGGAGAGAAAGACGCGAGACCGACGGUUUGUCCUCAGUACAGGAAGAGGUGAAGAGGGAUGUUAGCGACUCACAAGUACCGAAAGGUUGGUUCUGACUAUGGUGGCUAACCUGAAUGGUUUGAGGAAAGCUAGGACUUAAUAGUGGUUAAAGGUAGAGUGAGCAAUAUAACGACAUCACCGCGUCAUUUACUCUGAGGUCAGUCAGGAUAGCAGGUUAAGAGCUAAUGUUAGCUGUAAACUCAUUGUUGUUAAUGCAAAAUUAGCCGGCUAUGGCUAGUCUUACAUUUUUAAAGCUUAUGGCAAUAUAUCCACCAUAAUGGUGUCGUGUUUGGGUUUUCAUUCAUACACUUGAACUAUAAGUAAAAGUAAAAGGUGCUAAAAGACGUUUUACCUAUUUAAUUUGUACAUGUUAUGGGCUAAAAGGUGUUAAACCUACAAUGAUAAGUGACAAAUAGUGGUGACAACGCACAAGUGGAUGAUUAUAACGGAUUUAUUGAUACUUAUGACACAUUGAAAUGUUUCUGUUAAAUAUAUUCCUAUUGUAACAUACAUGUGAACACAUUAAAUGUAUGGGCAAAUCUUAGUUUGUACGCCCCCUAUGAAAUUCUCUUCCUGGACUACUAAAGGCUCCACAGACCAAACAAAAUAUCUGAAACCCCCUCUCUCUGAAAAAUAAACACCAUUUGCGUGUUAGGAUGUGAUCCUGAUCCUUAAACAUCAAAUACUCAUACUUUUUAAGUGCUAUACACCUAUUUUUUUUUUUCGUUUGGCUGUCACAUAAUUGUACGAGAGUAAAAAUUUAAUUUAAAAAUGUUUAAAUAAAAUACAAUGAGCUACAAUAACAGACACAAAAAAGGCCAAAAGUCUGUCAGAAAAAUACAUCGUUUCUCUUUCACUGUCUCAAAGGGGCAGACAUAGUUCCCAGAUGAGGUUUAGACAGGUGAUGCAAAACUUUAGAGAAAAUUGCACAUGGCUCCUCAGCAGCCAGCUUGUGUGUUGUUUUUGUCGUCACUGUAAACACGCUUAAUAAAUGAACGCAACCAAUGUCAUUUUUUAAGUACUAAAUCAUAUUAAAUUUACACAAUUAGAAGGUCAAGCUGGUAGAUCGUACUCUUUUAUUUUAUUUACUGAUACCCUCAUUAUUCCACCAGAAGUAAAACAAAUAUGCAGGUAACACUUGCCUUUAAAAAGCAGAAGCUUUGAGUGCGACUAAAAGCAUGUUUAGCAGCAAUUUCCAUGGACUGUGUUAAGAAACUUGUUUUUCUCAACAGAGGUUCAGCACACUGCGGGUGGCUCGGCACGCAUGUCAUUCAUGAUAUUGAUGGCUAUCUUCUCCUGCUCUGCAUCAGUUAUGUACCUGGUCUACAGGAACUUCCCUGAGCUUCCCGAGUAAGUUGCUUCAAGGAAUUUAAAACUUGAUUGGGUCAAGAAGAUCAAACCUCAAGAAAUCUGUAAUUACACAAAUACUACUAUUGCUUCUUGUUUAAGAUUUUUAUAGUAAUCUCAUUAAUUCAUUGAUAGUUGUACACAUUCUAUAAUCAUAUAGCCUUCAAAAUAAGUUGCAUUUGAACUGAGUGUUAAGCAAUAUUGAUGCAUGCAGAAAUGCUAUGACAGUGUACCACCACAGUUGGGGAUAUUUUCUAACUGUGAAAUCAGCAGCCUUGCAACAGAGGCCUGGACUAGUCUGAGUCAAGAAAUGGCGCCUGAUCAGACCAAGACGUAACAAUGGAGAAGGGGUUACUUCUAAACCUGAGGUUGCAUGAGAAGCUCAAAUUAGACUUAUUUUCCUGAAAUGGCUUUUGCAUUUUUUGAGCCAUGAAGGUUUGAUAUAUGCACAUAACAGUACCUGGAGCAGUAAAAAGAAAUAAAGAAAAUAGUUAGAAAUUGAAACUUUUUCUUGAAACUGAUGACAUUUUUAAAGAGCACUCAAGACCAACUGAGAGAAAUUUCAGCCUGCAGUGUUUUUGAAAAACUACUCUAUUUACAUUUUAAACACAGAAGAGAACUGGACUAAUCAUUAACCAAGGGUUCAUGAGGAACUUUAUCAGUGACCAUACAUGAACCUUGUCAUUUUCACUCAUGUACUGAUUUCCAGCGGAAGCAGCACAAAGCGGUCACUUUGUCUAAAUCUAAACAGAAGCUAUAGUGAAGAUAGUCAAAAUGGUUUAGAGUUUCAGAAAUGAGCAUAGAUUAUAAUUAAUUUCUUUCUUUUUUUUUUUUUCAGUGACGAAAUGGAAAAAAUCAAGAUUCCCAAAGACAUGGACGAUGCCAAAGCUUUGGGAACAGUACUGUCCAAGUACAAAGAGACAUAUUACACCCAAGUGCUGGUGGCCUACUUCGCAACAUAUGUCUUGUAUCCUUGACGAAGAAAUCUCUUCGGGAAAUUAAGCUAAACUUUAGUUAAAAGCUAGGAAGAAAUUUGCUGUUGCUUAAGUAUAAGUCUUCUUCAUCUAAGAGCUGUCUGCAGGGUCCUUCUCACACAUGCACCAAGACCCUGAAUUUAUUCAGUCAGUACCCAGACAGAGUGUGUACAGGAAUACUAAUUACCUAAAAAUUGAACUGGACAAAAUUUCAGCCUUCCAGCCAACUCUCUAAUUACAUGCAAUGUCCAAUUAGGCCUGUUUAGAAAUAGAACAGGUCAUUGUGCAGAGGAUUGACAGCAAGCGAGUGGGUGAGUUGAUGGUAUGAUGAUGUCACAGGGAAAGUGGCUGAUUCAUACUCCUUCUGCUUGUCUUCAUGUAGCUUCACACUCUUUUGUAUAUUUGACAGAUACAUUUGAGUGCAUAGAAUAUUGAUACUAAUGCUCAAACAAUUAUCUUAAUUAUCGAGUCCUCUUCUGCUUCCAGUGGUCUGGAUGCCACCUCUCUAAACUAAUCAAACAUUUUCUCUGUUAUAUUCAACUGGAAUAAAAAGAAGCAUCAGCCAAUAUCCUAACUUGAUUCCUGGGGCAUUGUCUGGAGUUCACACCAGAGUCUGCAAGACAAAUCUGAAUGUCCUUCAAUUCUCAAACUAUUAAUAAUGUAUCGGUUGAGCGGACCUGUGUAUGAAAGCUGGAAAGAAGGACAUUUGUAUGCAGAGCUAGUUUUAGAAAUGAAUCCAAGUAUCAAAUCUGAGAUUGUAGUGAAAUGCCAGCAGGCUAACGUACAAACAGAAAUGUAUUUAAUUAUUUUGUUAUCUGUUACAUUAAGGAUGUAUCAGUCUGUCAUUUACCUUGACGCUUUUGUCAGCCUCCAGACGUUUGCAAUCCCUGGUUCCAUUUUCCUCAGCAUCCUGUCUGGAUACCUCUACCCUUUUCCUUUAGCUCUUUUCUUGGUUUGCUUGGUAAGUAAGGAGAGAGAGUGGCACAUGAUUGAAAACAAAUGUAAAAUCUUAUAGUGUUAAACUGUGCAUGGAAGUGGUUUCCACCGAGCAGGCACUUCUAAACCUGAGAGUUAGGAAAUGCAUCUGGAAAGAUGGACAGUGCCUCUUAAAAUGUUUUUUUUACAGACCACCUUAAAAUUGAUUUAGAUUUUUCACAACUACUUGCCACCAGCUAUAACUGAAGCUCCUGUUAUUGCCUGCUACCAUAACACUGUAGUAAUAGACAUGUAAGGAAGUUCUAAUACUAGUGGUGUUGGCUCUGCAAAUGUUUGUCUCCCACUUCAAACCAGUAGUUCAAUCACAGGCCCUACGAUCCUGUCCUCGGCAUUUUCUUUAUUGAAGAGUCUUACAACAAACCACAACAUUAUUACAACUUGAGAGUAUUUUAGUACAGGUGGAAUGAUUGUAUAAAAGGCCCAGCUUUGAUAUUAGAUUUGCCUUUUCCUCAUCAAAAUUAAUUCUCAUUUAGCCAUCAUGUACUUUUCUGUUGACAGUGCUCUGGCCUGGGUGCUUCAUUUUGCUACAUGCUGUCAUACCUGGUGGGUAGACCUGUGGUCUACAAAUACCUCUCAGAGCGAGCACAGAAAUGGUCCCAGCAGGUAAUAGACUACACUGUGAACGGGGGGUAUAUUGUUUCAGCGAUUUAUUUAUUUACAGUAUAUAUACAAUAUAUAUUUACAGCAAGUUUUUUGGCAAAAACUUGCAGCUGUUAAAAAAAAAGAAACACUUAUUCUACACUGAAACAUGCACUUGUUUUGUUGUUACUGUGUGCCAGCUAUUACUUCAGCUCUAUCUGCAUUUAGCUGGCCUAAGUAGAAGGUUGAAGUACUUAUUUGAGCAAAUAUUUAUUAUUACCUGAACUAACAAAGUUGUUUGAUGCAAAACAGUAAUCGUAAUUAUUUUCUACACAAGGCUUAAGAUCAUAAUGUUAUAACGUCUAGAGUGAAUACUGUGUAAAAUAUACACAACAUUGAAAUCAGAAGCCACGUUAAGAUGGCAAUUCACGUGCUAGUAUAAUUAAUGGACCAUAAAUCCAGGGCUUAUCCCUAAUCAAACCUUGUGCUCUUUACUUUCUGCUGGCAGGUUGACAAACACAGAGAUCAUCUGAUCAAUUACAUCAUCUUCCUGAGAAUAACUCCAUUUCUUCCCAACUGGUUCAUCAACAUCACCUCUCCUGUCAUCAACUUGCCUUUGGGGGUUUUCUUUAUCGGGACCUUUCUCGGUAAGACUGUCUCUCCCUUUGUAUUUUAAUUUGGUAAAUAUAAAAAUGCACUGUCUUCAUGAUGUCAAACUGGUACCUUUGCAGGAGUGGCACCGCCAUCCUUUGUAGCCAUCAACGCAGGUACACAACUGUACAAACUGACCACAGCUGGCGAGGCCGUCUCCUGGAACUCUCUGGCUAUACUCGGCAUCCUUGCCGUGCUCUCCAUCUUGCCAGUCUGCUUCCAGAAAAAUCUGCAGAAGAAAUUAGAGUAGAGAGUAACACUUCAGCACCUCAUCUGCUGGCUCAUCCCGACGUCCCUGUCCCCUCAGCUCAGGAACGUGCAGUUGUCACUCAAGUUAAUAUAGCUCAGAGUCUGACUGCUGGCACAAGCACUCAUUGACCACGAAAUGCAUGCAGUGGUGGGUCGUUCCUGAAGUGAAGUACCGUGUAAAAUGGCCGCUGCUUGCACAAGAUUCUUUUUUUUUUAUCAUUGUUGUUUUCUGUGAUUUAUUCUUAUUUUAUUUUUUUUGAUUGAUUCUGUGAAUUUGGCACAUCUUGUAAAAACAGACUUCCUUUUUUUUUUUAAGCUUUACUCAUUUUCAUGUUAAUCUUGUCAGAAAAAUAAAGGUGCUACUUGUAGGAUGUUAAAUAUGAUUCUAUAUAUUAUUCUAAAAAUGUUGUACAAUAUUGCCCAGUUUUCAUUGGGCAAUAUUGUACAACAGUAUCUCGUUGAGACCGAAAUUUAAUCACUGGAAAACAUCUGACUACUUCAUAUGCCUCGACAGUGGAUUAUCAAUAACAAUCCUGUAUGUAGCACCUUUAAGUUUAACUCCUUUUUAAAUACUUGUUUCAAAAUGUUGGCGUCAAUUUGCAACUAAUGAAGUGUACCAGCACAGCAAUAACUGUCACUCUAAUGUUAAAGUGGAUCUUAAUCACAGACCUGUGGAAACUGCUGGUGCCUGCCUCUGCAAACACUUGCAGUGUGAUGAAAGAAUGGAGCAGCAGAAAAGAAAUAUUUUACUACCAAUCUUUGUAAUUGCCUCAGUGUUGAUGUGUGGGAUUUCCACAUUAUUCUUUGAGAGGUGCCUGGAUCCACUGCCACACAAGCUCUUGAUUUAUUCACCAGUCUCUGCUCAUAGCAGUAGCGUAGCAGCUCCUUCCCUGCUACUGCAACUCUUGGAGAAAAAAAAAAAACAGACUUAACUCAUGCAGUAUUUCUUAACAGGACGUCUUAGCUGCAGGUUGCGCAUUUCUGAUGUAUGUUAUGAAGAAGGGAGCAUAUAUUAUGUCAACAAGGCAGACGUGUUUGUAUGGUCAGAUUCAUACCACCCAGAAAAACCAAACAGCAAAUAGAAAAUGGUUUUAGUGUUAAGAUAAUUACAGGGUGAGAUGUCUCUGAAAGUUUUGCAAAUGUUGAUUUUUAGGCACUUUCUGGUGUGUUAUCAGAUUGUUUGUGUCUAAUGUCUUUUUUUUUUUUUCUUCAAGUUAAGAACUGGAGUUAUUAUUCCUAUCUAUGAAGAUAAACAUGGCCCUCAAUAAUACUGCAGAUGGACAGGUUACCUAAGCCUUACUGAGAUUUUUUUCUGCUUCUAGUCUCCACCUGAAGAAAUGUACUAAGAUGCCUAAUGCUAUGUCUCAUUUUGUGCUUUUUAGAUUGUUUUAAAAAACCUAACUUUGUUCUGUGUGAUAAAUUUUUUACAUUUUUCUUUUCAUUAAGAUGUUUUUUUUGCCUGUGUACUUAACAAAGUCUUCAGCUGCUGUUUUACAACCUCAUACACGGUCACUAGGAAACUUGAUACAGUUCAUGUACUUGUGAGUAACUUAUUCAACUGAUUUUUUCUGUUAUCUCUUAAAAUCAUUCAAUUACGAUGGACAGAUGGUUUUUUACAUUCUAAGAUUUCCUGUUUAUACUCCAGUGUCUUACUAUCCAACAGAUUUACUGUAUACUGCAAGAUUAAUUUCAGAUAUACAUUCGAAAUAGCCACAAAGGCAUCUGUGUAAAUGCUUUGCUAAUACUGUGAAUGCUUAAGUCUGAUUGUUUUCACCUCUCAAAUUUGUUGCAGCACAUGACUCUGUCACUCUUGUUUUAAAAUUGGUUUGUAAGACAACUUUUAAUUGUUGUCCAGGACAUGGAGAGCAUAUUCAGUAAAAGAUCAAUGCUAAAGACUUCUUUGAAUUGAAUUUAUUUAGAGGAUACUUUUUUUCUCCAUGUUCUUGGUGAUGUAAAAUCUGCCAAGGUAUAAAAAAGAGGUUAUUGAUUCCCACCUUUAUCUUUUCAAACAUUUAAACUAAAACCUAUUCUUGAGCUCAUACUGAUCAAAAACUAAGACUUGACUUGACUAGCUGUGUUUUCCCAUUUCUCUUUUCAAUGUAACUUGUGUAACCCUCUGUAAACAUUUCACAAAGCAGUAUUAUUUUAUACUGAGCGGUGAUGGAUAGCAGCGUAAAUUGUUAUAGAAUGAAAGUGUCUGUCCUAUCUAAUCAUUUUCUAAAAUAUUUAUUGAAUCAUUAAAGUUAUCUUGAAAGAAUA